AUGAGCAGCUUUGCAAGACGCAACGAAGGGAAUGAUGCAUAUCUCAUGAAUCACCAAAUGGCAGUGCCUGGGUCAUACGGCCAGCCAGAGAAUCAUGACUUCAAGCAAGAAGCCCACGAUUUCAGCACGCAUGGAUCAGGCUCAUACCACUUUCCUCAGCAUUCCUUCAAUCCCUACGGCUCCCAAUUCGGUCAGCCCUACGGCCCACAUCCAAGUCUGUCUCCGGGGAUACAGCAUUUACAGUACAGCUCGGAGCACUCAAUCCCAUCUAUGACAACUCCGGAUGAUCCAAGGCUACACCAUUCGCCACAGUACGUGACUCAAUCACGAUACCUCCAAGCGUCCAGGUAUCUGCCACGCGAUCCACUGGGUGACACAGAGAUUGAAAGCCAAGAAUCUCGCAACGAGGCUACUUUGCUAUCCGAAGCGGUGGUGCCUCCACUCAGUGGCUUUCCCGACGUGAAAGAGUUCGAUCAGCUAAUGCAGAACUAUGUCGAGGAUCUCUCCAUCAAGAAGCAAGACAAGGCGUUGAUUUAUGCUAAAAGAGCCCGGAAUAUCCGGACUGUGUUGAUUGACCCAAAGGACACGGCGGUCGAGUCGGCUCAAUUCCGGUAUAAGCUCUCCAAAACAUCGCUCGAUGAGAAUGCUUUGCUAACCACAUCAGAUUCUGGGUCAAGAAAAUGUUCAAACUACAAGCAGUGGGGAUUGGAGCAUCGGAUCAUUGCCACAAAGAAUCGAAAAAUGAUCUGUCAUGAGGGCAAACCUGUCGCCAUUCGGGAGAAACUGUUCAAAAUUCUCACCAAGGCCCAUCAGCAAUGCCAGCAUGGUGGCCGUGACAAGACUUCUGCCCAGGUCCGGAGGAUCUAUUCAUGGGUUCCCAAGGAACUGAUCUCUCGCUUUGUGAAGAUCUGCCCAACCUGCCAGGUACGACGAGGAGGCUCACGUUUAACUCCGCCCAAUUCACGCCGGAGCUCGCCUAGGCUGGACAUGGUCCCUCGGUCACCAAAGCUUCCAUCACCCCCAAUUUCGCGGCGCGAAUCUAAUUUUAGUGGCCAAAUGCCUCUUGAUCGAACUCCGGACUUUUUUGGCCAUUUACAUGGUCACAAUGGCUGGUUGGACAGCCAUCAAAGUGUACAGGGCCGAUCGACUCUCGGAAAUGGAGUUCGGUCGUAUCAAAGCUCCAUGGGCAACCUUUCACAUUCAAUCGCCAACACAUUGGAUCCCUUCUCCGCUGACCUAUCUAUUCCUCCAUCGCAGCUGAGCUAUACUGGUUAUGUGCCGACACAUACUCCAUCCCAGAGAGAGUUUUGA